GAAAAAGGGAAAAACAAAGCAGGCACAACAAACAAAGUUUUUAAAUCGCAUCGAAAAUUAAACAUUCGGAAAUCGGUCGUCGUUCGUGACAGUUCGGUUGUGAUAAUUUGCAGAAUGAAAAUAAUCCUUUUGUGGGCUUGAACUUAAAAGGGGUCGAAAUUAUUGCAAAAUUUGAAAGUGAUUGUGGAAGGUGAAUCAGCUGGGGAUAUUCAUAAAGAAUCUGGAACCUUCUAGUUUCUGCUAUUUCCUCUCAAGCGAACUGACCCCGAGCGGAGCUUCUGCGACGACCUCGAACAAAGAACAAAGAAAGCGCGACUGCAGUUUCCACUGCCAUAUUGCCAUAAAGCCAUAUAUAACUGGCUCUAACCGGUGGCAACCAAAUUCGCAUUUGGUCAAAACCAGUUGCUGCUGCAGCAGCUGCCUAACGUCGCACUUCCGCUAGACAAAACAGACAACAAAGAGCUGGGAUUGGAUAUGGAUGCCCAGGAGAACAGGAACGGACAGACGGGUCCUUCAGCCGGCCAGGAUGAGCUGGAGGAGCGGCGGAUGCGGACGGACAGCGAGAGUUCCGUGGAGAGCAUGACGCGCUUUGUGCUGCCCAGCUUGGAUGGCACUCCGCCGAAGAUCGUGACCCUGGACGAGGUGUCCAGCAUGUUCAAGAACCUGCGGAACAUGGAGCUGGCCCACGAGAUAGCCCUCAAUCCGGAGUUCAAGCUGCAGAAGUACGAGCCGCCAUCGGAUAGCUUGGAGGGCGCCAUUAAGAAGAUGGUGCACAAGGCCUUCUGGGAUCUGCUGCGCCAGCAACUGGACCGCCAGCCUCCGUCAUAUGACCAGGCCAUCCGUCUGCUGGCCGAGAUCAAGGAGUGUUUCCCCCAGCUCCUGUCGCCCAACAACGAACGCGCCUUGGCCCACAUCAACGAGGUGCUCGAUGACUCCGUCAUCCGCCAGCAGGCCGAAAAGGGCACCCUGGACUUCAAGUCGUAUGCCAGCUUUGUAAUCAACAUCCUCUCGCGAUCUUGUUCUCCGGCCCGCGACGAAGCGGUGGCCGCCCUGCGGGAGAUCGACGAUGUGGUGGACACCUUCCGCAGCAUCCUCGAGCUGAUGACCCUGAUGAAGCUGGAUAUGGCCAACUUUAUGCUGGCACUGGCGCGCACCGAGAUCGCUGCCAAUUCAGUGCAGUACGAGAAGGAGAAGUUCAGCAAGUACUUGCGGGAGUUCCAUGGAAAUGCUGGCUUUCCGGCCACCGAGGACUGGCUGCAGCGUCAUCGCUCCAGCAGCAACGAUGAGACCAUCUACAAUGCCUAUAUGCAGCUGAUCCACUAUCCGGCGGACAAGGAGUUCCCGGAACUGCUGCGCAUCGACAAGGAGCGUUUCGCCGGCCUCUGUUUGCGUGCCCAGCGCUUGAUCCUGUGCGCCUCGCUCAUCUCGAUUGCCCAGAGCACUCCCAUCAUUUCGCAGCGUCGCGAGAAUCGCAUCAAGCUGGCCCAGCAGCUGGACAUCAUUGUGCAGGAUGUCAAGAACCAGGACCAAGUAGCCACUGCCAUCGAAAGUUGCUACGAGCAGAUUCGUUCGUUCGUGAACAAGGCCCUGGAGCAGGAGAAUAUGCCGAUGAUGAGCGAGGCUGACCAGGAGGCACUCAAGAACCAGGUGCUCAAGCUGGCCAACAAGGCCUCUCCGGUGCCCAGUUUAAUGGCCAAGCGUUUGGAUGGCUAUGUCCGGGUGACACUCCGCUCCAACGGAAGCAUUCCGCCGCCGCCUGCUGGAUUCGUUGACUUUCAGGAAGAGCUGGUUGCAUUUAUUGCCUCGUUCCGUCGCCUUGUGUCCUACAACCAUGCCGUUUUCGGGGAGCACUUCCACAAGAUCCUUAACAAGGCCCUAAGCGAGGAGGAGACCGAGUCCACUGCUCCAACGGGCAGUGGAAUAACCGCUGGCCAGGCUCAGACUGCCAAACCUUAGGCCGAAGGGAGAUGAUUUGUCUUAGGCAAUACAUAACUAUUUAGCAUACAACACUCAGACACACCUGUUACAAACGAUCGGAGGAUGGAAAAGAUCUGAUGUUGAGGCAAUUGGAGCGGCGAAAGGCAUCUCCCUGGACAAGGAAGCGAUCAGAUAGAUUCUACGUUUCUCCCAAUUUCACCAAUGAUUUUUCAUGUGACGUGACACUUGCGUAGAAAUCCUAACGCACACCCGUAACCACCAAGUAGAACCCACACUCAUCCCUAAAGCGCAGUCUGGCAAACAAAUUGGGAUCCGUGGGGCGUCUGUGAUAAACACGAAUAUUCAAGAUAGAAUCCUUUUGUGGGGCUUACGAAUGCGAACUCGAUUGUGUGUGCUCCUCAUCUCACUGUGACCAGUUACAGUUCCGGUCAUCGACUAAUCACAUUUCUAACCCUCUACAUCCUUACUUACAAUAAAUACAUAGAUUAUAUUAUACGUGUGCAUC